ACUAUAAUAGUCAUAUUACAGUGUUUCAAUACUAUCCUUUAUAAUGAACAUCAUAUUUAUAGGAAAGUGCCUUUAAUAAUAUGAUAUAAUUAUUACAAAAAAAAUUGAUUAUCUCUCAAAAAAGACAAUACCAUCGAUAAAAGUGUAUACUGAAUAUUUGUAAAAUAAAAUAACAUUCUAUGAGAUUCGAUUAUGAAUAAAACAGCAGCCGUUAGCCCAACAAUAUAAAGAACUUUGCUGCAAUUGAAUAGUAGAGAAAACGUUUGUUGUUUUCUGCUCCACUUAUAUCAAAUGAGAGAUGCUUCAGACAGAGUAACUACAAAGGUCAUAAUGGACGCUCCUGAAAGAGUUCAAGCAUCUUUAGAUUCACGUGUAAAUUUGAAAGAAUCGCUGAUAAGAAAUGAAAAAUUUUUAAAGGACUUGGAACUUUCUAAAGCUCGUUUGAGAACUCUCGCAGCUUAUACACCUACCGAAGAAGAAUUACAGCAAGUUGCUUCAACAUAUCGUAAACGUCUUCAAAAGAAAUCAGACUCUUAAAUUAAUAAUAUUCAUGUAGAGAGAACAUUUACUGUGGUGAAUGUUAUUGCGAUCUAAUAACUCGAGCCGAACGAACAAACUUCCAAUUGAAAAGUUUGUUAAUCGUCAGGAUCGAUGAAUCGGAUCGUUUAGCGGUAUAUUUAAUUUGCUUAUAUAAAAAAUAAGCAUAAACAAUUUAUAUUGAAUUAUUGUUUAAAACUAUGAUGAAAAAAGAAAUAACAAUCGAAAAUAAUACUAUACAUAAUUGUACCCUUUUAAUACAAUAUUUUUAAUUUACGAAUUGUAAUGAUAUCAAUCAACAUAUGUUGUUGUAAUUUCUGUUGUUAGGACGGCUUGAUCUUUUAUGUUAAUCAAUAAUUUCUUUGACUAAAAAAAUUAAUUCAGAAAGGAUAAAAAUGUAAUACAUAUUUCUUCUUAAUUAUCGUACAAGGAAUAUUACUUACGCGUGAUUUUAAAAUCAAAGUAUUAUAUUUUAAAAAUUUCCCAUCGGCUCUGUAUAUUUUGUAGAUUUCGUGGCAGGGCACAAUUUUAAAAGAGACAAGUACGUACGACGUUCACCUGUAAGAAUGACAUUCAUAUUCAUUUUCCAUGUUGUGGCUGCACUAUCAUCAACAAUAAUUACCAGCUCAUACAACAUGUAUGUUUGAUAGGAAAGCCACGUUUCCUGGACUGUCCUGAUAAGAACCGAAGACAAUAAUUUGUCAGAAUGAUACUAUACGGUUUUAUUUUAAAGCCGUGCUACAUACUGUAUCUAAUCUUGACCUUCUAAAUAAAAUUUCACUCAAAAAUCUUUCACUUUAUUAUUUAAAUUAAUAUUAUAAAUAUAUUAUAUAGCUCUUUUUAUCUUGUAUCUUCGCUAGACAAAAUCAAACUUGUUAUCUUCGAUUCUUCGAAUAAGAAUAUAUCCUACAAAAUUAUUUAAAAAUUACGUAAAUAUAUAAACAUUUUAUUUGUUCUUUUUUAUCAUUAAAAAUAUAUCGAAACUAGUUACCAAGUAAAAUUGUAAACUCGUUAAAAUGCAAUACGAGCUAAGAUUCUGAUUUUAUCAAAGUUUUAUUUUUGAAUUAUUCAAAUAUCAGAAAAUUCCAAUAUAUACGUCUGUAUUUUAAUAAUUUACUUACCUACAUAAUUACAAUUAGUAUGUUAAUAACACACUUCUAUUGUAAAUGUGUUCUGCACACCUCUAAAUAUUCGAAGAAACUGAGAUAAAACAGUUGUAACAAGUAAAAUGUUACUACUAAUUUUAAAACUCAACGUGGCAUAGCAACUGAAUAAAUAAAAUGCGACUGUACGACAUCGUCAUUGUGAAUCAAAAACAUCUGUAUCAAUAUAUAUUUAUUAUCUUCAAAAUACUCUUUUCUCUUUUCUAAUAUGAAUAAAUAUAUAUAAUAUACGAAAAUGUUUAUAAU